AUGACGCCUCCCACUGCUACAAGCGUUGCCGUGCCUGCCGACAGCACCAUCGGCGUCGCUGCCAAGAUCAGCAAGAUCGCCAACAAGGAUGUCCAGCCGAAGGUCUCCGGCCUCAUUAAGGCCGAGACCACCUUCCACGUCGAUGUCGACUCGAUGGACCCCAAGGUCGCCCUCUCUCUGAUCGAGGCCGGUGUCCGACCUCACGAUCAGACUUCGAACCAGAUUUUGGUCGGCGAUGGUAUCAUUGACCCCGACAACCAGGAGAUGCUGCACAAGACCAUCUCCGAGGUGGGCUCGCAGGGCUGGGAAGCCGUCUACGACCGAAUGAGCGUUUUGCUCUGCAAGCGCAACAUUGGCAACAUCUCGAACCGCGUUCUGCUGCAGACGAGCCCUAGCGACGCCUACGACACCGCCAAGAUUGUCGACCAUGCUCGACGAUACGCUGCCGAGUUCGAGCGCGCCGGUAUCAACAAGGACCGAUUCUGCAUCAAGAUCCCUGCUACGGGUCCUGGUAUGAACGCCGGCCCAAUUCUGCUCAAGGAGGGUAUCCGAACUCUGGGCACUUCGCUCUUCAGCGUUCCUCAGGCGAUCGCUUCGUCCCAGGCUGGAUGUCUCUACAUCAGCCCUUACUUCAACGAGGUCAAGGCUCACGAUCCUGCCACUGGACUGUUCCCCAACGUGCGCAGUCCGGCUACGCAGCACCCCAUGUCGCCUCGCAUGGUGCAGAUUUACAACGUUUACAAGCAGCUUGCCGAGACGACGGGCAAGCCGCAGCCGCUGAUCAAGGGCGCCAGCAACAUUACGGCCGGCGAGGUGCUCGACAUGGCCAAGAUGGGCGUCCACCACGUGACCAUCCUCCAGCCCGUGCUCAAGCAGCUUUCCGAGCUCUCGGUGGAGUCUUCGUCCCAGCAGGGCGACAAGGACGAGCAAGCGCUCGACUUCGAGACGGGCAAGUUCGACGAGUCCAAGCCCUUCAGCCGCGAGCUGAUCGCCGAGAUGCAGGCGUUGGAGAAGAGCGACCCUCUUUCGCCUACAAAGGCUCCACUGGACUGGGGCGCGCACAUCGACUACCUCGCCAACCAGGGCGAGGAGCUCGAGAAGGCAAUCGAGGCCGACCCGCAGACCAAGCGCCGUCUGGACGAUGCUCUCAACCUCUUCAUCGAUGCCGAACACCGCGCUCGCGAUGCUAUCCUGGCCGCCAUGAAGACGGUUGGCGUGUGA